GGAAAGAGCAGGAUUGCAGAACAGCAGAAGCAAUACUUCUCUCUUGACAGUAAGAAACGACUGUACUUCACCACAGGGUGAAAGUCCACUCACCGGGAGCUCAGUGCACUGGGACUUUCAAAACCGAAUCCGCCCCCACCUAAGAGAAUGAAGAGAAGAGCCUGCCUACCCGUGUGUGUGUGUGUGUGUGUGAGUGUGGCUGAUUCUUGUGGGUGUUUGCUUGGUGAGACUUUGUAAGUGAUUACGUGUGAGGAUAUACAUGUGUAUAUAUUAAGUUGAUUGAGUGAGUGUGCGUGUGUGUGUUUUGAGGCACCCUCAGGCCUGACAGUCAAGAUGAGUGUGACUCACUGGUCCCUGGUUGUGCUGUUGAGCUGCUGUGUGUGUGCAGGGGGGGGCUACCCCUUCAGCCCCCCCCUGGACCUGGACAUCAGCCCCCGGAUCACAGUGCCCAUCAGUGGUCUACAGGGAUGCAGGCGUUUCCAGUGGUCUACAGUCAAUUACAGUACUCUGCUAUUGGAAGAAGACAGGGGUCUUCUGUAUGUGGGGGCCCGGGGGGCCGUGUUCGCCCUCAACGCCACCGACAUCUCAGCCAACACAGCUCGAAUUAUUGAAUGGGAGGCUUCAUCUGAGCAGAUGCAGCAAUGUUUGACCAAGGGGAAAGACAACAAGACGGAGUGUUAUAAUCAUAUUCGCCUUCUCCAGAGGUUCAACUCCACUCAUCUCUACAUGUGUGGGACCCACGCCUUCAGCCCCCUGUGUGCAUACAUCGAUGACGACAAUUUCCAGAUGUCAUCGUUGUUGGAGGAGGGCAGAGAGAAGUGUCCCUACGACCCUGCUACAGGCUACACCAGCCUCAUUAUUGACCAGCAGGUGUACACGGCCUCGCAGUAUGAGUUCCGGAGUUUUCCAGACAUCCGCCGUAACUCCCCUUCCCCUACUGUGAGGACGGAGGAGGCUCCCACUCGCUGGCUACACGAGGCUGACUUUGUGGGCUCAGCCUUUGUGAGAGAGAGCGAGGGCAGUGCCACCGGAGACGAUGAUAAAAUCUACUUCUUCUUCACUGAGAACAGCCAGGAGCAGAUGCCAACGUACAGCAACAACAAGGUGGCCCGCGUGGCCCGUGUGUGUAAGGGGGAUAAGGGGGGUCUUCUGACUCUGCAGAAGAGAUGGACGUCCUUCUUAAAGGCCAGGCUUGUGUGUUCUUUGCCAGAAUACGAAUUCCACUUCAACAUUCUGAGGAGUGUGUUCGCACUGCACGGACACAGUCCCCAGGACACACUGUUCUACGGCAUAUUUGGCCUGGAGUGGAAAAACGUAAAGGCGUCGGCUGUGUGUCGCUUCUCUUUAGCCGAGGUCCAGGAAGCCUUCCAGGGGCCCUACAUGGAGCACCAGAACUUCAAAUGGAGCGAGUACUCAGGGAAGGUCCCAGAACCACGUCCUGGAGCAUGUAUAACGAACCAGCUUCGAGCCAGAGGCAUCAACUCCUCCAACGCUCUGCCGGAUGAUGUGCUGAACUUUGUGAGGAGGCACCCUCUCAUGGCCCAGCAGGUCCGGCCCGCGGACAGGCGUCCCCUGCUGUUCAGAAAGACCACAGACUACACCAAGGUGGCUGCCCACAGUGUUGAGGCCUUGGAUGGGGAGGUGUAUCCCAUGCUCUUCAUGGGGACAGACGACGGCUGGCUGCACAAGGCAGUGGAGGUCAAAGGUCAUCUCCACAUCAUAGAGGAACUGCAGCUGUUUGAAGAACCGCAGCCUGUCGACAGCCUCGUCAUCUCUUCCACACAGAUGAGUGUGUAUGCCGGAGGCUCCUCUGGGGUGGUGCAGCUGCCCCUCUCCUCCUGCCUCAGGUACACCUCCUGCUAUGACUGUGUCUUCGCCAGGGACCCGCUCUGUGCCUGGGAUGGGGAGGAGUGUGUGGACACACAAACACACAAUGAGAGGGUUGAUCUGGUCCAGGACAUCCAGUAUGGGAACAAGGGCUGUGAGAACAGCACAGGAGAUGACCUGGUCAUGCACCGCCAUCGCUCCGUGAUGGUGGGAGACGACGUGCUGCUCCAGUGUGAGUUUAGCUCCAACCUGGCAACCCCAGUUUGGACCCUGGAGGGUCAGGAGCUACAGGGCUACGGUCUGGACUCAGGCUUCAGGACCGGCACCGACGGCCUGCUCAUCAUCGAGGCCCGGGCCAAACAGACAGGACUCUACACCUGCCACUCCCUCGAGAACGGCGUCCGCGUCGCCGUGGUCACCUACAACGUAACCGUGCGCUCAGACCUGCCCCCCCCUCCGCCCGUCGUCCUGACCGUGGACGAGGAUGGCACCUCCACCACUCCCCCUCUACCCAUCCAGCUUGCCUCUACAGAGAGGCCCCUGCCACCACCCCCAGCCCCCCUGCCCCCCCGCUCAGAGCUGCUCUCCCCCAGGAACAUGGAAGCUAUGUACCUGUCCCUGAUCACCAUCCUGGGGGGGCUGUGUCUGGUUCUCACUGUGGUUCUGCUCUAUGUGGGUUUCUGCCUCCGGGCGGGACGCAGGGGGAAAUACUCCCUACGGGCCGCUUCCGCCGCUUACCCAGACAGGAAGAGACACAACAGGAACAGGAAACAUCAGCGCAGCUCUUCCCAACUGGAGCUCAAGACCAUCUCCAGCCACUGCAACGGCAACGGCACCUGCAAUGGCGCCGCCAAGCAAUCGAACGGAGGGUUCCUCCAGAUAGUCCCAGGGGAGGGGCAUUCGUCACCCAAUAAGGAUCCUCCUCCGCCGGCCCCGCCCCUGCCCCCGCCGCCACAGCUGUCCACCCCAGGGUGCGAUUUCCCGGCCGGUCUGUCGGCCACGCUGCCCAGCGUCCUUCGGAGAAUGAACGGGAACAGCUACGUGCUCCUGAGGCAGAGUGACGCGGACGCCACCUCCUGUCACUUCUACUCCUUUACAGAGGAGCUCAACCACAUCCUGGAGAAGAGGAAACACACUCAGCUGCUGCCCACGCCGGACGAGAGCUCCGUGUAGGGGAGGAGAGGACGCUCUCCUGGUGCUAGCGUGCCCUGGUGACUGGAGGACUGAACUGACUCCAACUGCUGCUGAAGUGCCUAUUUUGAAGCCCAUACUUUAUAUCCAUUCCAUUCUGCCAUCAGUGCAGAUUGCCUUCACAGAGAGGACAUUUGUCCUGUUGAUAUUUUUGACUUUGAAAUGUGGACACUUACUAACACCUCACAAACACAAGAAGAGUCCCAUUCACACUGUACAUGACCUUCCCUGUAGACACAGUGUCCUAUCACAGUUCCCCGUCCCACUUUUAAAGCCUGAUGAAGGUGGCUCACAAAAGAUAAGCUUGCCAAUAAGAGACUGUGGAAAUCUACCUCAGUUCAACAGAACUCCAGGCAAGCAGUGUCAAUAAGGCUCAGUCCGGGUCAAUACUCUACUAGAGAACACCCUGGAGAAGGGACCUUUGGGGGUCAAUAUGUCUAUCCUGGGCAGAAUGACGCACAUGUACCUUAACACUGACCAUGGGAACCAAACUUUAGGAAUGGAAUGUUAUGUCCAUGAGAACAAAACUGAUCUACAUGAUUUUUAACAAACUUCAUACAGAACAUUUUUUAUACUGAGGUGCCACAAACUACUUGUUGAUAUAACUAACUUCAGUAACAGCCAAAAUAUGUACAUAGAUAUUAACAGGCCACUCUCAAACCAGGACACAGCUAAAGGAACCAUGUGAUAUUUUAUUUUUAUUUUGUAAAGAACAUUUACAGUAUUAACAGUCUUGGUGCACUUUAAAAGCUGGUUGUGAAACCCUUGUUACAGAGUGUUUCCCUACAAUAUUCGGGGAUGCACCAACAGACACUUCAAGCGCAAGAGGGAUUCUGAUGGACUGAACAUCACAAGCACAGUCAAGAGCCAACAACGCAAGAACCAGGUGUAGGGCACAAUCUAAGCUGCUGCUAAGGAACAUCAUGAGGCCUGAGAAGUGUUGCUGGUCAAACGGGAUCUCUCUCUAUCUCUGUCUCCCUGCAUCUAUCGUUUCCUGUGAGAUUAGCUGACCGGCGGGGGGAGGACUGGCUAGAGAAGACUUGAGCAGCUUCUCAUAACCAUCGCUGGACAGCAGGAUCAUCCUGAGCACAGCAUCUUUUGUUCAGGGGAGAGGGGGAAAUCAUUCCCAAUGUUGCUGUUGUUUUUGAUAGGACAGCAGGGCAUUGUGGGUAUUUAUAUGCAUGCUUCUCUGUAGGGUUACCAGCAAUCCCCCCCCCCUCCCCCUCUAAUCAGUACGGCUGAUUAGGUGUCACAUCUCCACCCCUUUUCUCUUGGUCAACACAAUAUUAAAACCACUAAUGAUGAUGACCCACUGACUUAUGUAUUCCUUGAAGGAGAGGGAAAAAAGUAUUUAUUUUGCCAUUUUGUACUUUGUUGUUUUGGAAAGCCACUUGUGUGGCCCUCUGGUGUGUGUAUGUCUCUGUCUGUUAGUGUUGCACUAGUCUGAUACACUGUAGAGGCAUGAUAGACUACAGCAUGCGUAGAGAAAGGUUUCUCACCACUCAUUUACCAUGUUUGAUUUAGAUUUGAUUUGUCUUAAUUUGUUCAAAUUAGCUUUCCCAUCGCGGCUCGCUUAGUAACAUCCCCGACUGUUUAUGCACGACAUUAUAUUGAACUUGAUGAAUACAUUAUACUGCCAAUGAACUCAAUGUCCUCUAGUUAUCUUAAGGCUUUCAGCUGCUCACUUAUUGUAUAUGUGGGUCAUUCACAUUUCACACUUAGAAAUUUGAAUUAAACUUUGAUUCAGCCUC